CAAUAAAUGAACUUGUAGAUUCAAAUCCAUUAUCGAGCACGAAGAUGAUGUUUGUGUUCACGUUGACUUUCCCAUUUCUAUUCGUAACGCUGGUCGGGGCUACUGAAUAUGAGCAGAUUGUCCUUUCACCAUCCGAACCACGUCCGUCAGAUUCAGAUGUGUAUAAGGUCCAAUAUGAGCUAGAAAAGGCCGAGAUCUUCCCAACAGUCAUCGAUAAAUUCCUCCCAUCGUUUCUCCUAGAAGCCAAAUGGUCAUCUGGAGAACGGGCGGAACUUGGAAAUACAGUAAAAGUGGAUAAGGUGCAGAACGAACCAACCAUUACGGUACGGAGAGAUGAUUCUGGUUCAUCGUUAGGGGUUAUGGAGAACUCCAACGUAACAUACUCCAUUGUCAUCACCGACCCGGACGCGCCAUCCCGCGAUAAUCCAGAAUGGUCCGAGUUUUGUCACUUCAUCGCAACUGGCAUAAAGAUCUCGCAAUCCUCCGCCGUUGUGAGGGCAUCUAGCCUAACGGACAUUAUAUCGUACAGGCCACCAGGCCCGCCUCCUGAGACGGGAAAACAUAGAUAUGUUUUCCUACUUCUUGCGCCCGUAAAUGGAACUACAGAUCCGUUGAACCUUAGCAAGCCGAGCGAUAGGAGGAAUUGGGGCACAGGAAAGGCGAGGCACGGGGUGAGGGAUUGGGCUAAGGAGAAUGGAUUGCAACCUGUUGCAGCGAACUUCGUCUACGCUCAGAAUGAGAAACAGUAACUCUCUCAUGAAUUACAUGAAAAUUCAUCUUCCAUCUCUCAAGUGCUAGGUGUCAAUUUAGUAAGCAUAGUAUUAGGUAAUCAUAUUUUAUUACCUAGUACCUAGUAGAUAAGCACCUGCUUUUGGAUUUUCAAUUUACUUAGUACCUAAGCAACUUAGAAGCUGCUUAGUCAGUUCAAAUUGGGGUUCAACAAUGUUCAAAUAUUAUUAAUUCAUUACAUAAUUCUGUG